GCGAGCGGCUCUGCCCCGGCCCCGGCCGCCGCGGAGCCGGCCUGCCCCGCUGCCCCAUGGCCGUGUCCGUGUUCUGCAACUCCUGCCUGUGCGAGCCCCGCAGCACCGCGCCGCGGUUCUGCCUCACCAGCUGCGGCCACGUUUUCUGUGAGGUUUGCCUGCAGAAAGGCAAAAAAGAUGAAUGUUUGAUCUGUAGGAAGGCUUGUCGUACCUUAGUCCUUUCCAAAGAGACAAGUCCUGAUAUUCAAUCACUGUUCAUGCCAAUAGAUAUGUUAAGCAAGAAAUAUUCAAAAGAACUAUCACAGGUUUCAGAAUUUCAAGAAAAAUUUCGUAAGCGUUUGUUAAAAUACCACAAACAAAAGAUAGCAAAGCUGGAAGAGUCUCUCAAGAAAGUAACACAACAAAUUCAACAGCUACAAUGUAUGAAACCUCCUGAAAAAACACCACCAUUUUCCAGUAUGAGCAGAAGUAUAUCCAUUCCUUCAAGCAAACAGAAUGUUUACUCUUCAUUUUCUCUUCAUUCAAGUCGUCCUUCCACUUCUGAAACGGUGGAGGCAAUGGAGAUUGAUCCUGUACCUUCACCAAUGAGGAGACUGGAGACACCAACUGGUCCAACAAGAUUAUCAGUAAUAACUCCACCACAGGAUGGACGUAUGGGUAGUGUAUCCUACAGGAGUUCUCAGAUAGCUCUAAUAAAACCGAGUCAGUGUACUGGAGCAGGAUCUACAAGAUCCACCCCUGUGGUGAGAUUACCACAUAGUGCUUGUCCAUCAUCAUCUGGAUCCCAAAGCAGUCAAAGGGGAUCAUGGGCUAAUGCUGAUUUCAGAACCCCUCAGCUGUACCCAUUUGCAUCACCUUCCCCACAGCUGCCUCUGUCAAGGCAGCCAAUCACCAUCUCUGGACUUCUGCAAAGACAGCAAGGAUCAACUAAUUUAGGAGGACGUUCAGCAGAGAGAUGAGCAAACAUCUGUGAAUUAUUUUGGUUAAGAAGCAUCUGGAGAAGCACUGCAUAGUCUCUGGAUAUCAAAAUAUUUGUAACUUCCAUGAUAUGUCAAAUUGGCAUAAACCAGCAAAUUGUUCAGCAUUAAUACUGUAUUUAAAAUGUCACUGAUUUUUCUGAUUAACAUCUACUGAAGUUUUAAAUGAGAGUACAACAUUUUCUUGUUUUCUGAAAUUCUGACUUCCAAUAUAUUGCAUAAAUAAAAGUCCUUUAUUACCUAA